CCCCAACACCACCACAUCCGAACCACACCGCCAUCCGCACUUUGUCGUCGCAGCGCGCCGAGAAUCCAGUAAAACAUGUCGAUAGACGUGAACUGGAACGCUUUGGGUCCAGCAGAACACGCGCGACUGUCAAACAACAUCAGAGAUUUUUUCCACCAGCAGUUCCAGCGCAUCCCGCUGCCGUCAUACAUCGCCAACGUCAGCGUGCUCGCUUUUGAUCUCGGGUCGUCGGCGCCGGAGCUUGAGAUUAAGCAUAUUGGGGAUCCGUAUCCGGAGUUUUAUGAAGAUGAGAAUGAAGAGCAACAACAGCAGCAGCAUCAGGGAGGAGCGCAAGAUGAUUCACAAAACCACACACCUGCACCCUCCUAUUCAGCAGGCUUAGCGUCCUCUUCAACAUCAAAUUUCAAUAGCUACAACAACUCAUACGGACCUAGUCUUCGUUUCCGAAACCCAGGAUUCACAAACACCAGCACAAACACACAGUCAAAUUCAGUCUCUGAGCCAUCCUCAUCUACAUCCUACAACAACACCAACACCAACGACAGCAACAACGCCAGCCACAGCAGUAGCAGCAGCAGCAUAAACAACAAUGUGCCAUUCCUCCACUCAAUGCUCACGCCGCCACUUAUCCGCUCACCACCGAUCCAGAGCUCGUUUCACCACUUUCCCGGAAUCUCAGUCGCUGCCGCUGCGGCGUUACUGUCGCCUACUUUCGAGCCUUUGCCUCGCAACGCCGAAGAUGAUGACAUGUGGAAUAACGCGCAGAUCGAGACUAUGGGCCAUAAUGCGCCUUCUUCUCUAAGUAGCGAAGAUGAAGGCGAUCUUUCAGCCGAAAACGCGAUCGUGGACGGCGAUGACGAGGACGAUGAUUUCGGAGGUGAUCUGAAUCGAAGCAGGGAUCCUCGACAACGCAGCACACCCGAUAGCUUUGCGAGGAGUAAUACUGCCGACAACCACGGACAGAGUCACAAUAAUACAAACGGCAGCAGCAACAACCGUGGCAGCACAAGUGGUGAUCCACCGCCGUUCUCGGUUCGCGAGGAAGACCUGCAGUUUCUGAUUCACGUGCUGUAUAAGGGCGACAUGCGAAUCGUGCUCACCGCAACUCUACGCCUAAACUACCCCGCACCCGGGUUCCUGACUCUACCAGUCCGCCUGACAGUUACCGGCUUUGAAGUCGACGCGAUGGCUGUCUUGACGUACAUCUCUCGCCGGAUACAUUUCAGUUUUAUAUCUGACGUUGGCGGCAACGGCGGCACGGGUAGCGUGUCUGAGGGAAUGAUGAGUACCCCUUCGGCACGGCACUUUGAGGUUUUGCGGAAUAUCAAGGUCGAGUCUGAGAUUGGAGAUCAGGAUGGGAAGGGAUCGGUUUUGAAGAAUGUGGGUAAAGUAGAGAGAUUUGUGCUUGAUCGGUUACGCGCCAUUGUACGCGAUGAACUAGCAUGGCCGGGAUGGAUUACUUUUGAGUUUUAGAUAUGUAAGCA